ACUGUGUUUUCAAAUGGUGUGGAACAUAGGGAGUGCAUGAGACAUCUAGUGACGAACUUUCAAAAGAGGUAUAGAGGGGCUGUUUUCAAGAAACACCUAUGGCCUGCAUGUAGAGCAUAUAACAAGUGUCAUUAUGAUCAUCACUACAACACCAUGCAGAGAGCAUCUCCAAAUGCAAUGAAAUGGAUAGAAGAUAACCACAAACAUUUGUGGAACCGGUGGAGGUUCUCACCUGAAAGCAAGUGUGACUAUGUCACAAACAAUAUUGCAGAGACAUUUAAUAGUUGGAUCAGAAAGGAGAAAGCACUACCAGUCAUCCCAUUGAUGGAUAGAAUAAGGCAGAUGAUCAUGGAGAAGCAUGACCUUAGAAGAAGAUUAGCAAACAAGAUGACUGACAAGAUCAUUCCUCACAUAACAAGAGAACUGAAUGCAAAGAGUAGGAACCUAAACUAUGUGAUUCAUAGAGGACACAAUAACACAGCUGAGGUUCAAGGGACAACUAAAGAGCUGAAGACUUGGAGACACAUUGUUGAUCUAGAUAAAAGAACAUGUAGUUGUAACAGGUGGCAGAUCACUGGGCUCCCCUGCACCCAUGCCCUUUGCUUCAUUAACUCACUGAGAAAUAGGAAUGCAGAGGACUAUGUUGAUGCCUACUACUCUGUUGAACUAUUCAAGAAGGCAUAUGCAGGAAUUGUAAUGCCUAUGACAGAUAAGAACAAUUGGCCCAAGGUGAACAUGGGUUUCAAGCUUUGGCCACCAGUCUUAAAGAGGGCAGCUGGCAGACCUAGAGCAAGAAGGAUGAAGAGUGCAGCAGAAGGAGGGAAAUCUACUCGAACGCAGAGGCAGUGCAAGAGGUGUGGCCAAUUUGGUCACAUGAUGAAGACUUGCAAUGAGACUGUGUAUGACAGUGAUGCUCCACCUCCAGCCCCACCGAAACCGAAACGAGUGAAGAAGAAAUUAAAGGAUGCAAGCACUACAUCAACUAAAGAGUCCCAAACUGGGUCAUGUUCUAUCACCAUUGCAAUAACAAACAGUCCUGCAGGCAACACAAGAAGUCGCAAGAGGAGGAUCCAAGAAGAUGGUGCAAAAUCAACCGAUGGAGGCUGUGCUGUGAAGGGAAAAAAAACCAAACAAAGCAAUGGAGGCAAGGUGCAACUGAGGAAAGAAAAAGGCAAGGCCAAGAAGAAGCUACUGAUGGAUGUGCUGAAAUAAGUGGAAGUUCUAUGUUUCUCACGUACUAAUAAUGCUUUUGAGAGAUGACUUGUCAUGUUGUCUACAACUAUGCUUUUGUGGCCUUUGAUGGCAGUUAUGUCUAGAACUAUGCUCGUGUGUAUUCUGCCUUGUGAUGUUAGAGAC